AUGACACCUCGACGCCUCUCGACUUGGUACGGACCAAGUAUGACAAGUUUGUUUUUUUUUUUCGUUUGUACUUAUCUGGCAAACUUUCAUUUGAUGAUGGCUGUACGGUUAUGUACAUUGGUCUCAUGGUCAUCUAUCUAUCUAUCUAUCUAUCGCAGUCUGCUAAUAAUCUAUCGAUUUCUUUCAUUCCUAUCUAUCUAUCUAUCUAUCUAUCUAUCUAUCUAUCUAUCUAUCAGUUCUUUCAUUCCUAUCUAUCUAUCUAUCUAUCUAUCUAUCAGUUCUUUCAUUCCUAUCUAUCUAUCUAUCUAUCUAUCAGUUCUUUCAUUCCUAUCUAUCUAUCUAUCUGUUCCAUCUAUCUAUCUAUCUAUCUAUCUAUCUAUCUAUCAGUUCUUUCAUUCCUAUCUAUCUAUCUAUCUAUCUGUUCCAUCUAUCUAUCUAUCUGUCAGUUCUUUCAUUCCUAUCUAUCUAUCUAUCUAUCUCUCAGAUCUUUCAUUCCUAUCUAUCUAUCUAUCUAUCUAUCUGUUCCAUCAUUUCCAUCUAUCUAUCUAUCUAUCUAUCUAUCUAUCACGUAGUCUCUUUCUUUCAUCUUCUCUGUUAGCUUCUUCUGCUCAUAUCUAUCUAUCUAUCUAUCUAUCUAUCUAUCUACAUUAUUUAUUUUCUGUUACUUCCAACCUAUCUAUCUAUCUAUCUAUCUAUCUAUCUAUCUAUCUAUCUAUCUAA